AUGAAGAUUUAUGGAACAGAUGUGAUGGAGUCCAGCAGCUGCCCACACUUGAGCCAACAGUCAGAAAAAUAUAAGGGAGCAGACAGCCUGCGAGUCAGCAUUAACGACUGUGUUUUCACUGUGGAUAAAACUACUGUAGUCAAAAACUGUGAGUACUUCAGAGCAUUGUUCCAGUCAGGAAUGAGAGAGUCUAGACAGGAGGAGGUCCAGCUGAAAUGCGUGGGGAAUCUGGGAUUUCAAGUUCUGCUGCAGGUGCUGGAUGGGAAGCAACCUAUCCUCAACAGUGACGAGAUCGUCGAAGCGAUAGAGUGUACGGCUUUUCUCCAGGUGCCAGCUCUCACCAAGCAUUUGAUCAAUAUUAUAAAUUCCGAAAACUGCUUGCUCAUGUUUCAUACAGCUGCAACCUACGGAGUGUGGGAGUUGUUCCACAGAGCAGCUUUAUUCAUCAGAGACAUGUACACUGACCUAGGGGAGGAUGUUCGUAGCUUACCCAGUAAGCUGCUAGAGUACAUUGAGUCUCUUCUCCCAAGUAGCUACAUGGCAGUGUGCAGUCACUCUCCAUCCACUGAGCUGCUCCAGGAUGCCCAGAGGACAGUGUGUCAUCUGGAUGAAGAGCAAAAAGAGUGGAGAAUCCUCACACAUCUUCCUAUGAGCACCAGCACCACCAUGGCAGGCGUGGCAGUCCUCAACAACAAACUGUACAUAAUCGGAGGAGUGUAUGAUUUAAGUAAAAAGGUAGUGGAGACUGGAUUCUGCUACGAUCCUGUGGCUAAUUCAUGGUCAGUGAUUUGUGGACCUCAGCAGCUACGCUACAACUUCUCUCUAAUAGGUCAUGAGGGAUGCCUCUAUGCUAUAGGAGGGGAGUAUAACAUGAAGGCUCUAUCAUCAGUGGAGAGAUAUGGGCUGUCUGAUCAGAGCUGGAGUUUUGUUUCCUCCCUCCCAUGCCCUGCAACCUCAGUGGUGUCCACUGUAGCCAUGAAGAGGAUCUAUAUCUGUCUUUGGAAAGGGAAAGGGGCCACAGACAUACAUGGGUACGUACCUGAACACAAUCGGUGGAAUCUGGUCACUACACUCAUCCGCCAGCACAGUUAUGGUCUUCAUAUGGUGGCCCACAGGGAUAAUCUCUAUGUGAUGCGGAACGGACCAUGUGAAGACUUCUUACAAUGUGUGAUGGACUGUUACAACCUGACUUCAGGUCAGUGGACAGUGAUGUCCGGUCAGUACGGGAACAGCAAAAGCUCUCUGUUCACGGCAGUGGUCAGAGGAGAUUCUGUGUUCACUCUCAGCAGACACGUGACCACAGAGUACACCAUAGAGGCGAACAAAUGGAGGCUCAGGCAUGAGAUGAAAGGUUUUGGCAGGAUUGGAUCCAUAUAUACAUUUUUGAUGAGGCUGCCUAAACCCACUCUCUCCCUUUUAGGAAAUUGCCCAAGCCAGAACCUCAGAGACACUGAUGUCUGUCACAGAUUUCCCCUGGGAUGCUCUCAGCACAUUUAAAAGCUGGUGAUCAUCAUUCUGGUUUCUAUUCUAAUAGUAUGUGGCAAAGGAUUACAGCCCACACUGCAACUGUUUCAAGCGCACCUCUAAAAAAUUGGUUUAGUCUGCCCAAACUAUUAU